UGUUGCCGAGCAGGGCUCGACCGCGGGCGUGCAGCUGUGGGCGGCGGACCGUCUGGGGUCUCGCGCGGGGGGCUGCAGCUUUCCCCGGCCCGGAGCAAGUGUGCGGGGCCGGGAGGAGAGCCGGGGGGGUGGGGAGCGGGCCGAGCCCGGGGCUGCGGCUGCGGCCGCGGGGCUGCGGCGCCCCAGCCCCGCCAGCCAGCCCGAGCGCUCGGAGGGAGAGGCAAGGUCUGGACGGGGUGGCUGGACCAGUGGCAGAAUCCAGUGCCAGACUCUGGACUUGAGGGUUCUGGGCUGUGGUCUGUAGAAGCGAAGGAGAGAAGGACUCAAAUCCAGGCCAACUGUAUGGCUGUCUGAGGUGUUGGAACAGAAGGAAGUCCAUUCCUGUCGGUGACAACACUGUGGCCCUGUUCUGGAAUGACCGAGGUGUAAAGUUGGGGAAUCAGUAGCGUUCCCACCGGUGAAACCCAACCUUCAGGAGCCAGUAGCUUUGGUCGAGGGAAGAAGAAGAAACUUGAUGAGCAGCGGCCUCAACAAAUGGCUCUUCCUCCUGGGUAAGGAGAAGGGAGUGGGGGACCAGGGCCCCAGAACGGACUGGGGGAGCUUCGAAUCUGGCCGAGACAGGGGCCCUGGGACCCUGUGCAGACCAGGGACGGCGAAAACCACUGCCCUAGAAGGGGUACCAGAUGAACCCUCGGGUCUGGCAGUCUGUUUCCAUUUCCUCCCAGAAUGUGUCGCUUCCUCCCGCGCUCCGCGACUUUGGAAGGCGUUUGCAUUUACAUCCGCGGUGAUUACUGGAGUCACUAAUACAGCCUAACCCGGAGUUUAAUUGGAAACGUUAAUCAAUGCGAUGGAUCCGUGUCUGAUUUGCACAGUCGGUCAAUUAUCUGCAGGUUUCCCCCAAGAAAGAGCAGCUGAGUCCUUGCAUCUUGUGGCAGCUGGUGUGCCCAGCACUGAGCCCGUCGGAGCUGAAGGCAGCCCGGCCCCUUCUCAUGGGCAGCACCCACCUGUGCUGAGGUCCUGCAGCGGUGGCUGUGUGAGGAGCUGUGCAAUCUGUUGUAACUGAAAAUGUCUGACAGUCUGGAUAAUGAAGAGAAACCCCCAGCUCCCCCACUGAGGAUGAAUAGUAACAACCGGGAUUCUUCGGCACUCAACCACAGCUCCAAACCACUUCCCAUGGCCCCUGAAGAGAAGAAUAAGAAAGCCAGGCUUCGCUCUAUCUUCCCAGGAGGAGGGGAUAAAACCAAUAAGAAGAAAGAGAAAGAACGCCCAGAGAUCUCUCUUCCUUCAGACUUUGAACAUACGAUUCAUGUGGGGUUUGAUGCAGUCACCGGGGAAUUCACUCCAGAUCUCUAUGGCUCACAGAUGUGCCCAGGGAAGCUCCCAGAGGGAAUUCCUGAGCAAUGGGCACGAUUACUCCAAACCUCCAACAUAACAAAGCUGGAACAGAAGAAGAACCCCCAAGCCGUUCUAGAUGUUCUCAAAUUCUAUGAUUCCAAAGAAACAGUCAACAACCAGAAGUACAUGAGCUUUACGUCAGGAGAUAAAAGCGCACAUGGGUACAUAGCAGCCCAUCCUUCGAGUACAAAAACAGCAUCAGAGCCUCCGUUGGCUCCUCCUGUGUCUGAAGAAGAAGAUGAAGAAGAGGAAGAAGAAGAAGAUGACAAUGAGCCGCCGCCAGUCAUUGCACCGAGACCAGAGCAUACGAAAUCAAUCUACACUCGUUCCGUGGUUGAAUCCAUUGCUUCACCAGCAGCACCAAAUAAAGAGGUCACACCACCUUCUGCUGAGAACGCCAAUUCCAGUACUUUGUAUAGAAACACAGAUCGGCAAAGGAAAAAAUCCAAGAUGACAGAUGAGGAGAUCCUAGAGAAGCUAAGAAGCAUUGUGAGUGUUGGUGACCCAAAGAAAAAAUACACAAGAUUUGAAAAAAUAGGUCAAGGGGCAUCAGGUACUGUUUAUACAGCGCUAGACAUUGCCACAGGACAAGAGGUGGCCAUAAAGCAGAUGAACCUUCAACAGCAACCCAAAAAGGAAUUAAUUAUUAAUGAAAUUCUGGUCAUGAGGGAAAAUAAGAACCCCAAUAUUGUUAAUUAUUUAGAUAGCUACUUAGUGGGUGAUGAACUGUGGGUGGUCAUGGAAUACUUGGCUGGUGGCUCUUUGACUGAUGUGGUCACAGAGACCUGUAUGGAUGAAGGGCAGAUAGCAGCCGUCUGCAGAGAGUGCCUCCAAGCUUUGGAUUUCUUGCACUCAAACCAAGUGAUCCACAGAGACAUAAAGAGUGACAAUAUUCUCCUUGGGAUGGAUGGCUCUGUUAAAUUGACUGAUUUUGGGUUCUGUGCCCAGAUCACCCCUGAGCAAAGUAAACGAAGCACUAUGGUGGGAACUCCCUACUGGAUGGCACCUGAGGUGGUGACUCGAAAAGCUUAUGGUCCAAAAGUUGAUAUCUGGUCUCUGGGGAUUAUGGCGAUUGAAAUGGUAGAAGGUGAACCCCCUUACCUUAAUGAAAAUCCACUCAGGGCAUUAUAUCUGAUAGCCACUAAUGGAACCCCAGAGCUCCAGAAUCCUGAGAGACUGUCUGCUGUAUUCCGUGACUUUUUAAAUCGCUGUCUUGAGAUGGAUGUGGAUAGGCGAGGAUCUGCCAAGGAGCUUUUACAGCAUCCAUUUUUAAAAUUAGCCAAGCCUCUCUCCAGCCUGACUCCUCUGAUUAUCGCUGCAAAGGAAGCGAUUAAGAACAGCAGCCGCUAGGACUGCAAGCCUUGCCCCACACCAUCUCCCUCAUGAGUAAGACUGAAAUAAAACUCCACUGCAGGAAAGAUGGAAGAAAAGACAGUCGAAUGGGGUGGGGAUUCUUUAACUUUCAAAUGAAUAGAAACUUCUUAUAAGCCUUUUUCCUACUCCCUCAGAUUAUGUAAUUUAUUUGUAAGCCUGAAUCGCAGCCCAAACAGGGCAGCAAUGUCGAAGUGGCCAUAAAGUGGUCACUUCUACCGUGAAGCGAAAGAGCCAGUAGUGAAUCCCCUCAUUUUGUGCAUUCACUUUGAAGAAAAAAGAUUUCUCAAAGAUGCACACUCCCUCUUCAUAGUGUUGUGUUUGUUUUUAAGUUAGAGAGUAGUCCCUCUUGCAUUCGAACCUCCUUCAAAACUCCUUACCCAAUGUGAUGUUUUUCACUUGCAUUGUCAUUAGAUGUCCAGAAAAAAAAAAAGAUGUCAAAACGUUUUUUUAAAAAAAAAGAAAGUAAAAAACAAAAACAAAACAAAAAAAACACAAAAACAAAACAAAACAAAAAAAAACCCCAGAGCAAGUACUGUGUGAACAUGUGGAAGUCCAUGCCCUAAUAGAGUUGAAAUUUUUUAUUCUUCUUUUUAGUGGUGGCUCGGUUUGUGUACCUGUUUUUCUGCAUUUGUAUUGGAAAAGGUUUCUUUUAGGACAUUUUCCAAAAGCAGAGAGGAAUAUGUGUGUUCAGGAAGGGCUUUUAAAAACUCUUAUGUCUAAAUAAAGUUCAAAUGGUGAAAUCUUAUCACAUUUUCAUGAUGAUGCUUAAGAGGUAGUUGAUUUAUCAUUUGUAUAAACCAGCUCGUUCAUCUUCAUGAUACCUGAAAAAAGACACACCAAAACUGUGGCACUCCAGUUGGGUGAGCCCAGGUCUUAAACCUAGGAAAUCCUGAUAGGAGAAACCAUACUUAAACAAAGACGGGACUUUCUCCAAGAGCCAAAAGGAAGACAAUAGAAGCAUGCAAUACUGAAAUCCUUGUUGGACAGUAAACAAAGAUAACAAUACCUAAUUUAAUCCUGUCUUGUCCUUGUGGAAUGUAGGUAACUGUAAAAUAGGCACAAGAGGAGGAAACAGACCCAUUAACCAACAUUUGCUGCUGAUAAAAAUUAUUUAUCUUGGCAAUUUAUAACAUUAAAAAUUUUUUUAAAGAUCUAGAGAACAGAAAUAUUGUAAGCACUCAACUCUGUAAGAAAUGGGAGGUCAGUGAAAACUACAUCCCAGUCAACAUUAGGCUCUAAGUACUUGUGGCCAUUUUCCCAAUGUAUCACCAAUUUCUGUUUCUGGAUAUGGUGUGUUCAUACUUAGCCCUUUGGGCUUUUGAAUUUUAAAAACAUGUUUGUAAAGAUCUUGAAGUUCUCCAGUGAAAAGCAUUUGGGUUUGCAAUCAUAUACCCCAAGAAAUAUCAGUCCAACUGAAUUCCUUUUGUGGCUUGGGGAAAAUAAGAAAAUUUGACUAGUAUUUCACCGUGUAUCAAUUUAUUAGAAAUUCAACAGUUGCCACUUCCUGAAUCUUCUGAGAGUAGAAAAAUAUCUGGAGGGUGUCUGCGUAGAAAAGGAUAUACUUCUCUUUCGAGUGUAUUGUCAAUUUUAUAAAUUCUGCAUAGUUGUUUCUCUAAGCCUUUGAAAAGCUAGCAGUUUGUGCAGUAGAAGGCUUCUUGAUUUGUAGUAUGUCAAGAAUCUGAAUAGAACCUAUCUACAUCCAGCAAGAGAGGGAAAGAGAUCAAUGCCGUGGGCCUCUCUCCUUCUCUGCCUAGGCAUAUCCAUCGAUAUAAUCAUCUAUCCAUUCCUUAAAAUGAAAGCACUUUCUUUAGAGAGUUUCUGCUGACCAUAUAGUGCACGUGUUUAUGUUUAGGAGAUGACGCCACUGGUGGAUUUCCUAUUGUCUUCUUUGACUAUGAAAUUUGGGAGGGGCUUGACCCCCCCCCCCCGCCCCGAAAAUGUCCACAGUGGGAUAAAACAACAAACAUGAAAAGAUCAAAUGGUAAUAUUAAUUUGAAGCAUACUAUGUUAUACUUCACAAAAAAGUGGCUGGGCCUGAAAAUUUUAAUGCCACACUGUUUUAAUGAGAGAGAGA